GAGAUGGAGACGGCGGUGUAUGCUCAUAGUGGUAUUCAUCACAGUGAUAGUUGUCGAGAUAUACUAUUGGCCCUGGUGUCAGGUUCGUCUCACUUUCGUCCUAAAGCCUUUAGAGUGCCGUUUACAUCAUUACAGUUCGUACCCUCUAAUGUCUUAUGGGAAAAAUCCACCAGUAUGCAUGUCCAUAGUGAUUUGUAGUAACCAUUAUGUCUGACAGGAUGACUGGUAUGAUAGUGGAAGUGAGUUGGAUCUUCCUCCCUGGCCGAGUAACCCCCUCAAUGCUCCCCUCUGGAACAGUCUGUACCCAGCCGGCGGUUGUGGCAAGUGGCAGAAAGUAUACACCAAGUUCCACCGAGAGGUUCUGUCGGGCAAGAGGUCGGCCUCCUACCUGGUCUACACCACCGGGACCGGGUUCCCUCCCAUCAUACAGGGCAUCCCUCAGG